AUGGGGAUGGCCCGGGGCUUGGUGAGGGACUUGUGUAUGGAGAGGGGCUGGAUCCUGGCGGGGUCGGGCUGGUUUCAGGCAAGGUGCUGGGGCUGGCAGCCUCGAGGCACUGGACUACAACAAUAUGGCUUGGUAGAGGGGUCGGAGUCGACCAGCACCGUCCAGGGGCCGAUUGCAGAAAGUUCCACGGCUAUAAUAUGUUGGGCGAUUUACAAGGAAUGUUUCUGGACCAUGAGCUCUUGGAAUCGCCCACCUUGCCUCAGUUAUGGUCAGGAAUGA